CGAUAGAUGGCGAAGUCUGUUAUCUCUGUGUGCUGUAACUUCAAUUUGUCAUUUUAAAUUUCAUUUUCGUUUAAAUGUCGUAUUUAAAGAAAAUUCUCAAUCCCAAAUCAAUACUACGUGCUGUGAGCAACUUUCACAAAAGUAGUAAAAUAACGGAAAAAUAUUCCAACCUCCUCGCAACAGGAGUAUUAAGGAACGUCAACCAGAGCAAGAUCGGCAAUUUGAGAUACUUGCUGGUCUUUACAUCAGGCCUAAUCAGCUACAAAAUAUAUAAUGAUCACUUUUCGAUCAUUCCCACUAUCUCUGCUUUCACUGGUCAAAAAUUGGCUGGGAGACGGAAACAGUACAACUUCAUAGCGGAUGUUGUUGAGACUUCUGCUCCAGCAGUGGUUUAUAUAGAAAUAAAGGACUCUAGAAGGACAGAUUUCUUCACUGGGAGGCCAAUAACCAUUUCGAAUGGUUCAGGUUUCAUUAUUGAAGAAAAUGGGUUGAUUUUAACAAAUGCUCAUGUGGUUACAAACAAACCGCAUGCCAGAGUUGAGGUAAAACUUAUUGAUGGUAGAGUAUUCAACGGAAUAGUAGAAGAUAUUGACCUAAAAAGUGACUUGGCUAAGGUCAGGAUCCCUGCAAAAAAUUUACCUGUUAUGAAGUUGGGAAAUUCUGCAGAUUUGAAACCAGGAGAAUUUGUAGUUGCUAUUGGUAGUCCUUUAGCAUUAAGUAACACUGUAACAUCAGGAGUUGUUAGUUCUACACAUAGGGCAUCAGCAGAGUUAGGAUUGACAGGAAAAGAUAUGGUAUAUAUUCAAACUGAUGCUGCUAUUACUUUUGGUAAUUCUGGUGGUCCACUUGUAAAUUUAGAUGGAGAAGCUAUAGGAGUGAACAGCAUGAAGGUAACAGCAGGUAUAUCAUUUGCCAUACCAAUUGACUAUGUGAAAGCUUUCUUGGAAGAAACAGUAUCCCAUAAGAAACCUGGAGAUAAACCAAAAAGGCUAUAUGGGGAUUACCAUGUUGACAUUGACACCUCAGAUUAUCCACGAACUCCAACAGAGGAACCAUGAGAUACCAAGAGACAUUCAAGGUGGCGUUUUGGUGUGGAAGGUCGUCUUUGGGUCACCAGCACAUAAUGGUGGUCUACAGCCAGGGGACAUAGUGACACAUAUAGAUGGCAAGCCAGUCAGAGAUUCUAAUGAUGUGUACGGCAUUUUGACAAAUACACAAACCAAAAAAAUUCGUCUGAAUGUUAGUAGAUACGGGAAAAAAAUGGAUGUAACUGUGGAACCUGAAGACAUUAAUUAAAGAACCAAGUCCAGAUCAACAAGAACUUUUAACAUCUGUUACACAAUAUUCUAAACUGGAUGUUGCAACAAUAGGAUUUUAAAAGGAGUUUUUAGGAACUAUAGCAAAAUCCUGAGAGCUUUUAUAUGAAGUAUUUUUAUUAAAAUUAUAACUAUCUUUUCUUCUUAUUUCUAACUUCUGUCCAUCCAUCUUCAUCCAUUGGAGUUUCAUUAACUGUAGGUAAACUUGGAGGUCUUUGAUUUGUUGUUGGUCUAGCAGUUGAUGUAUUUUGUUCUUCUUCAUCUUCACUAGAUGAACUGGUCUCUAGCUGAAACAAUAAAUUAUUAUCUUAUAAUAAUAGAAAAUAAAAAUAUUGGUUGUCAAACUAUAAAAAAGUAAUUUAAAAAAACUUAUAGCACUUGUUCUUGCAAAAUGGCCACUAAUUCAAAACUUGAAUGCAUAUGAACAUUUUUAUGUUUACCUUUUAAAAAACUUACCAUGGUUUUCUUCACUUGUUCAAUAUUACUCUUUAACCAUUCUGCAUUUAUUGUUGGCAGUUUUUGAUACUCGGUUUCACAGUCUUGUAGAUUGCCAUCUCUUAAUAGUUUCAAGAACUUGUGAAGUACAACUGCUACUUCUGAAAAGAAUAAAGGAUUAUUAAAAAGAUUGAAGUUUUAAGUUAAGGGUUGCAUGAAUCCAGCAAUUAAACUGUCAAUUCAUUCAAGAAUAAGCUGGAUAAGGAACUAGAAGAAAAGGCAGUAUGUAUUGCGUACCAUCCAGUAUGAGGAAAAAAGACCACACAACAGUGUCAUCAGACUUUUCUGCUUAGUGUUGUAGUGCUAAACUAAUGAUCUAACCCAAGCUAAGGGUGUUAACUGCCCUCAUAGCAUUAGGUUCUGUUCAUUUGAUUAAGGUUUUAUAAGCUUUAACAGAUUUCAAUAUAACAUAAGUAGUGAAAGGACCCAUGUUUUCCAAAAUUUUUAUCAGUGGAAUAAACAUUUUUAAAACGACACAUACCCUCUGGUGCCUGGAAAAGCAAUUGAUGUAUGGGUGAUCAUAAAAUUCAUCAUUUCUCCACAAUAAAAAUGUAAUGUUACUUAGUCC